UACCAUCAACACAUUUAAAAUGGAUAUUCUACAGGUGUUGGAAAAUGCAUUGAUGCAUCCGGACCCCGCCCAGAGAAGCGGGGCCGAACAGCAGUUGAACGAUGCCGCUGCUAAUCAUUUUGUUGAUUACCUUUCUCUUUUGACCGAGGCCCUUGCCAAUGACGAAGCUAAAACUGAAGUAAGAAUGUUGGCUGGUAUUGGCUUAAAGAACCAGUUGACCUCGAAAGAUGCAAAGUCCAAGGAGUCACAACACCAGCGUUGGAUCCUGUUGGAUGCCCAAUCAAAGACAAAGAUCAAGGAAACGGCGUUGCGUGCGUUGAUGACCUCGGACGACAGAGUGGCCAAUUCUGCCGCUCAACUAGUUGCUGCCAUUGCAGACAUUGAAUUACCUCGUAGUGAAUGGCCCGAAUUGAUCCCUAUCAUCAUUGAGAACACCAAGACCGAGAACCAAGUCAAUGUCAAGAGAGCUUCACUUUUAACCAUUGGAUAUAUUUGUGAAAGUGCAGACCCAAACAAUCCAGCCAUUGUUAGCCAAAGUAACGGUAUUCUUAUUGCCAUCGUACAAGGUGUACAAGCCUCAGAACCUUCUCACUUGGUCCGUCUCACUGCCUUGAAUGCAUUGGUGAAUUCUUUGGAAUUCAUUCGUUUCAAUUUUGAACGUGAAGGUGAAAGAAAUUACAUCAUGCAAGUUGUUUGUGAGGCUACUCAGGCAGACAAUAAUGAAAUCCAAGCGCUGGCCUUUGGUUGUUUAUCAAGAAUCAUGGCCCUUUACUACCAAUACAUGGCUCUUUAUAUGGAAAAGGCCUUGUAUGGAUUGACGGUUUCUGGUAUGCAAUCUAAAGAUGAAAAAGUGGCCUGUAUGGCCGUGGAAUUUUGGUCAUCUGUAUGUGAAGAAGAAUUGGAAAUUACUUUACAAAGAGAAGAAUAUGGUGCCGAAGUCGGAGAAGAAUACCAAUCAUUCAACUUUGCUCUUCUUUCCAUUCAACAAGUUCUUCCAACUCUUUUGAAUUUACUUACUAGACAAAACGAAGACCCUGAAGAUGAUGAUUGGUCUGUGGCCAUGGCUGCAGGUGCUUGUAUCCAAUUAUUUGCUCAAAACACCGGCUCUUAUGUAGUGCAACCAACCUUGCUGUUUGUCUCUGAAAACAUUCAAAACUCCAACAGUUGGAAUUGUCGUGAAGCUGCUGUGAUGGCGUUUGGAUCUAUCUUGGAUGGACCUGAACGUGACCAACUUAAGGAAUUAAUCUCUCAAGCCCUUCCUCCAAUCUUAAGUCUUAUGACCGACGAAUACUUGCAAGUGAAGGAAACCGUUGCAUGGUGUUUGGGUCGUAUUGCUGAUUUGGUCGUGGAUGCCAUUGAUAAUCAACAAUAUCUUCCAGCUGUCAUUAGUGCAUUGGCCACCGGUUUGCAAGAUCACCCUAAGGUCUCCACCAACUGUUGUUGGACAUUGAUGAAUCUCUUGGAACAACUUUGUCCCGAUGGACCAAAGCAAGAAACUACUGUGAUGUCUCCAUUCUAUGGUACUUUAGUGCCAAUUUUAGUUCAACUCUCUGGAAAGAAUGACAAUGAAUAUUCUUCAAGAGCGCUGGCUUAUGAAGCAUUGUCACAUUUUGUCAUGUAUUCCGCCCAAGAUGCCAUGCCAAUUGUCCAAGGGGUUGCCCUGGAAGCUUUGUCAAGAUUACAAGGUACCGUUGGCAUGCUGCAACAACAAAUUGACGAACUUACCACUGAAGAUAAGGUGAAUUUAGAAGAACUUCAAACGAAUAUUCUUUCUCUUUUGACCAAUAUCAUUCGUAGAGCUGGCCCAGACGUCACUGCGGUGGCUGAUGAUCUUAUGUCUAUGUUCUUGCAACUAUUAAAUGCCCAACAACAACAACAAAACGGUGUCAUUGAAGAAGAUGUCUUGAUUGCCAUUUCUGCUGUUGCCAGCAGUGUUGGUGAUGGAUUCACCAAGUACAUGGACGCUUUCCAACCAUAUUUGACCAAUGCUCUUGUCAACACAGAAUCACCAAGUUGUAACAUUGCCAUUGGUCUUGUUGCCGACCUUUCACAAGCUCUUGGACAAAUGUUCUUGCCAUACCUCGAUGGAUAUAUCAACAUUUUAGGUGCAAACUUGAAUAAUGCCGAAGUAAAGCGGGAACUUCGUCCAACCAUUUUAUCAUGUUUUGGGGAUAUUUCCACUUCUGUUGGUGUUCAUUUUGAACCAUACCUUCAAUUCGUGUUACAAAUCUGUCAACAUGCCCUGGAAAUCGAACCAGAAGAUAGCUCCAUAGAAACUUUGGAUUACACACUUAACAUCAAGGAGGGUGUCCUUGAUGCAUAUGUUGGUAUUGUUGGUGGAUUUGCUGAAAAGCCACAAACUAUUUCUCCAUACUUGGGACAAAUUUUCUCAUUUUUGCAACAAGUUUCGGUUAACGUUGAUAUGGCAUCUACAGAUUCGGUAUGUCGUGCUGUUGUUGGUCUUCUUGGUGACAUUGCAGCCAUCUAUCCUAAUCAAUUGCUGACUAUCUACUCCGAACCAUGGAUGUUGACCUUUAUCAAGAAGACUCGUGCCAACCCAAUGUUCCAACCAGCCACCAAGGAAACUGCUCGUUGGGCUAGAGAACAACAAAAAAGACAACUUGGCCAACUCUAAGUAUGGAUCUACACUACUACAUGGUGUUCUACAACAAACUUCUCAUUCUCUAAUCUCUCUCAUAUUUCAUCUCAUAUCAUGUCCCGGUGGAUUUUCACCGGAGCGCGAAGGGGCCUGGGCCCCGGGGUCUUGCCUCCCUUUUCAUCUCUCACCCUCAUCUCUCAUACGUUCAAUUGAACUCACUGCCUUAGCAGCGGUC